GUAACUACUGAAACACCCUAGAGCCCUCCUGCUGGGACCUCGACCUGAACUGCACAAUGACGCCCUUGAACGCUCUCGGAACCAGCGCGAUGAAGAUCUUGGUCGCGGGUAUGGAGCUGCCACCAGCGGCUGCGGCAUCUGUCGCUGCGAUGCCUGCAGCUGAUGCGGAGGGCGAGCUCGACAUGCUCCUGGUUGGGCCGCACGCCAGUGCUCGCUCUUCUCUGGCACUGCACUUCGCGCUGCACCACUCUGCGGAGUCUGGGCUGCCGGCGCUGUUCCUGUGUGUCCAGGACGCUGUAGAGCAAUCCGUGCCGCUCCUGCCGCACAUGUGCGACACAAGCGACCCUGUCCUCGAGCGUUUGCACAUCAAGUACGUGAAGGGCCACCUGGACCUGCAGCGCUUCGGCUGCUGCCUGCACAUGCUUCAGGCCGCCUACUCGGCCGUGGUGGUGGAGGACAUGAGUGGUGUCAUCAAGAUCGACGACCGUAACACCCUUAUUCGCACUCUUGCGCUUCUAGUGGACGGAAUGCAAGCUUACAGAGCAGCGCGUCAGUUGCGAUGCCCGCUCCUUGUCACUGACUCGAGUGACGAGGCGCGCCGACCUCGGUACAUCUAUGACCGCUGGUUCCCGCUCACACUGGUGCUCGCACCAGUAGCAGCACCCCCAGGGGCUGGUGGCAACAGCUGCUACUGCCUCAGUGUGUCAGGGUCGUCGGCCGCGGCACGGCCUCCCGGCGGUGGUGGGGGAGGCGGCAGCGGCGCGGCCGAGCUCCCGGCCCCAGAGAGUACGGCGGCAGAGCCAGCAGGGACAGCCGCAGCGAUUGCAAAUGCAGGGCCGCGGUUCGUGUACUGGACCACGGGCACGCACAUUGUGCUGGAGAGUGUUCUGGGGCUCGGGCAGGGGCCUGGGCCUGGGCAGGGGCUGAAGGAGCCAGCGGCACGGCCAGUGGGAGCAGGCGGCGGACCUGCUGCGGCUGUGUUGCCGCCAGCAGCAUUUUGGUGAGCCGUGUAUCUUGUGUUAGGGUCUGUGUCGUAUCAGGCUCCCCUGUUGAUAGGUCUGUGCCAGUGUAGAUGUCUGGAGAACACGGCAGGCCGACCUCGCUUGGUGAUAGUAGGUAUAACCCAACCGCCAUGUUUCCUGUCUCCCAUUCUUGAGUCAUCUGAAAGCUAAAAGGAGCAUUGCGUUGAAAGGCCGGAUCCAUGUACGCGCGUGCGCUGGGGCCAGUGUAUAGGGCAUUUUGCUGUCACGCACGGGAGGCGUUGGCCGAGAGUUGCCGGCAGCGGUUACCACGCCUGUCGUGUAAUGAGUUGGCAGUGUACAUCGAACGCCAUAGAUGCACAAGGCAUAGCGGAUAUGGACAUUGUGCAUUCACAGCUAACAUAAUGUAAUUGCGCCGUGCGUCCCGGGAGCACCAGCAGGCAGCAGCAGCUAGCAGGGGGUCAGGUGAUGACGUGGGGCGGUGUGGGGCAAGGUGUGGGGCGCGGUGUAUGGUGGUGGCAUCCUGUAUGUUUAUCUGGGCGCUUCAUUGCGCUUAGCCAAUCGAGUCGUUACCAAGCAGGUGCCUCCGCCUCCCUUUCUCCUGCCUUGUAACCUUGCUCUCGA